GGUUCACUAGCUUUAUCCACCGACCCAUUACUAUACCAGAUUAUCAGUUACCAAUUUCUCCAUAUUUCUCUGUAUCGAUCUUUUCUCUCAUUGUGAUAGAUAUGGGCCAUUUCGCCAUAUCUAUGAACAUAGUUUCUCUGUUAUUCUCUCUCUUGAUUAUUUCUCAAGCAGUUCAUGGCGAGAAGAAGAAGUGUGAUUUGUUUCAUGGGACUUGGGUGUACGAUGAAUCGUAUCCUCUGUACCAAUCAUCGGACUGUGAUUUCAUAGAGAAACAGUUUGAUUGUUCUAAGAAUGGUCGUCCUGAUAAGUUCUAUUUCAAGUAUAACUGGCACCCCAAUUGCAGCAUGCCAAGGUUCAAUGGUGAAGAGUUUUUACAGAGAAUGAGAGGGAAGAGUAUAAUGUUUGUGGGAGACUCUCUGAGUUUGAACCAAUGGCAAUCUCUCACUUGCAUGCUUCAUAAAUCUGUUCCUCACUCACACUACACCAAUCUCAGGACUGGACUUCUCUCCACCUUCACUUUUCUGGAGUAUAAUGUGAAGGUGGUGAUGAGUCGCAAUGUAUUUCUGGUGGAUUUGGUUGAGGAAAAUAUUGGUCGAGUAUUGAAAUUGGAUUCCAUUGAAUCUGGCAAUAGAGAUUGGAAAGGGAUUGAUGUUUUGAUUUUCGACUCUUGGCACUGGUGGCUUCAUACUGGAAGAAAGCAGCCAUGGGAUUUCAUUCAAGAAGGGAAUAAAACGUACAGAGACAUGGAUCGCUUGGUGGCAUAUGAGAAGGCACUCAAAACAUGGGCCCACUGGGUUGAGACCAACGUUGAUCCUUCAAAAACUAAGGUUUUCUUUCAAGGAGUUUCUCCGGAUCACAUGAAUGGAAAGGAAUGGGGAGAAGAAAGAGCAAGGUCAUGUGUGAAUCAAGAGAGGCCAGUGGAAGGGGACAAGUACAGAGGAGGAUCACACCCAGCAGAGUUAGUGGUAGAGAAAAUUCUGAGAGGAAUGUCAAACCCUAAUUUGGUUUAUUUGCUCAACAUCACCGCCCUUUCUCAGCUCCGGAAAGAUGGCCACCCUUCCGUGUACGGCCAUGGCGGCCACCGUGAUAUGGACUGUACCCACUGGUGCCUUCCCGGUGUUCCUGAUACUUGGAACCAACUCUUGUAUGCUGCUCUUGUCUACCAAGAUUAUCAUUAUUAAUUCAGUCAUUGCUAUAUAUAGCAAAAAUAAAAUUUCUACAUAUUUUUCUGAAGGUCUAUUUUUUUUUUGCUGUACAUUUUAAACUGAAUUCAUAGCGUUCGUCAUUAAUAAUAAUUUAGUUUUGAUGAUUAA